CUUGCCUUGUACCACUACUUGUGUUGCACAACAUAGCCUCUCAAUAGCAGACUGCUUCUCUUCUCUUUAGAUAUACCACUUGGUUUAAUUUCUCCCAACACAAAAUAAAACCUAACCAGCCGACCUCGCGCGAGAACUCUCAAAGCUGCGCUUCCAAACUUAUAUAUAAGCCACGACUCUCCAACAUUGAAUUGAUAAUCUAAAAUGGACGACCUCGAAGACGCCCCCGGCCCGAAUCCCGAGGAAGUCAAUAAGCGCGAACAAGAAGAAAAAGAGCGCAAGGCCAAAGAAGACGCCGAACAAGCCCAAUUACCCUACAAAUGGACACAGACCAUCGCCGACGCCGACGUCACCAUAACCGUACCCGCAACCAUCAAGGGCCGCGACUUGGAUGUCGUCCUAACCAAGACGAAAAUCAAAGUUGCAUUGAAAGGGCAGCCGGCUAUAAUCGAGGGCGAAUUCCCUCACCCAGUUCGCAUCGACGAUUCCACCUGGACGCUCGAAACCACACGCACAGGCAAGGAAAUCGCCGUGCACCUGGACAAGGUAAACAAAAUGGAGUGGUGGCCACACAUCGUGACUAGUGCGCCGAAAAUCGACGUUACUAAGAUCACGCCCGAGAACUCAUCGCUGAGCGACCUGGACGGCUCGACAAGGGCGAUGGUCGAGAAGAUGAUGUUUGAUCAGCGGCAGAAGGAGAUUGGGAAGCCGACGAGUGAUGAACAACGGAAGAUGGAUAUGUUGAAGAAGUUUCAGGAUGAGCAUCCAGAAAUGGAUUUUUCGAAUGCGCAGAUUGGAUAGCGUUGUGAGAGGUGAAUUGAAGGUUAAAAAAACAUACGUUUUAAAAGCAAGUAUUGAAAAGCUCUAAAUGUUCGAAUGAUAUUGUUCUAGGAAUUAAGAUAUCUAUUUCAUGCAAAUUGGUCUCGCUUCUUUCAUAAGCUGAGGUACGCCUCGGUUAAAAAGUAUGCAAAUGAUAGCAAUUGAGAGUGGUGCUUGUUCUUUAAUAACUAUAUAUACUUUUGGCUUUGUCUAUAUAAUACAAAAUGGGUAUCCUAGCGUCGUAUCAGGAAUUACAU